UAUACAUAGUGGAGCAAGAUUGUUGCUCUUCACACACAAAUCAAGAACAUGGAGUUGUUCAUUAAACUCAUCACUUUUCUCCUCUUGUUAAUGCCUGCAAUCACUUCUUCACAAUAUUUAAGAAACAACAUUCUCAAUAUUCGUAAGGUGUUACCAAAACAAGAGGCAGUUACCUCUUACGCUGUAGUCUUUGAUGCUGGUAGCACUGGUAGUCGUGUCCAUGUUUACCAUUUUGACCAGAACUUAGAUCUUUUACAUAUUGGCAACGAUGUUGAGUUGUAUAAUAAGACAACACCUGGUUUGAGUGCAUACGCAGAUAAUCCAGAACAAGCUGCAAAAUCUUUGAUUCCACUUUUAGAGCAAGCUGAAAAUGUGAUUCCUGAAGAUCUGCAUCCCAAAACACCGGUCACACUUGGGGCCACUGCAGGAUUAAGACUUUUAGAUGGGGAUGCUUCUGAAAAAAUAUUACAAUCGGUAAGGGAUAUGCUGAGCAACAGAAGUAACUUCAACGUUCAAUCUGAUGCAGUUUCUAUUAUAGAUGGAACCCUCGAAGGUUCUUAUCUCUGGGUGACAGUUAACUAUCUAUUGGGAAAUUUGGGAAAAAGUUUCACAAAAACAGUUGGAGUAAUGGAUCUUGGAGGUGGAUCAGUUCAAAUGGCAUAUGCUGUGUCAAAGAAAACCGCUGAAAAUGCUCCAAAAGUUGCAGAUGGAGAAGAUCCAUACAUCAAGAAAAUUGUACUCAAGGGAAAACCAUAUGAUCUCUAUGUUCACAGUUACUUACACUUUGGUAGAGAAGCAUCUCGAGCAGAGAUUUUGAAGGUCACUUAUAAUUCUGCUAAUCCUUGCCUUUUAGCCGGAUUUGAUGGUACCUAUACAUAUGCAAGAGAAGAUUUUAAGGCCACUGCCCCUCCUUCUGGAGCCAACUUUUAUAGAUGCAAAAGUAUAAUUCGUAGAGCUCUUAAAUUGAAUUAUCCAUGUCCCUAUGAGAAGAAUUGCACUUUUGGUGGAAUUUGGAAUGGUGGAGGAGGAAGAGGACAGAAAAAACUUUUUGCUGCUUCAUCUUUCUUUUACCUAGCUGAAGAUGUUGGUAUUAUUCGUGCAAAUAGACCUAAUUCGAAAAUUCGUCCGGUGGAUCUUGAGAUUGCAGCUAUGAGAGCUUGUAAAUUGAAUGUUGAGGAUGCUGCAUCAGCUUACCCAGCUCUUGAGGAGUCUAAUAUAGUUCCAUAUGUAUGUAUGGAUCUUAUAUAUCAACAUGAGUUGCUCGUUCAUGGAUUUGGCCUAAGUCCAUUGCAAGAGAUUACAGUUGGGAAGCAGAUUGAAUAUGAAGAUGCUGUUGUGGAAGCUGCAUGGCCUCUAGGAAAUGCUGUAGAAGCCAUAUCAUCUUUACCUAAAUUUGAACGACUCAUGUAUUUUGCUUAAGCUUCUUGAUAUAUCUAUAAGAUAUUCUAGCACUAGCUAGAAGCCAACUUUAUCUAAAAUUAAAUAAAAU